AUGGAUUCCAUGAUAAAUCUCGUCGUGCCACUCUUCCUCGUCUUUUUCUCUUCUCUCAUCUUUGGAGACAUCACUGGAGUGGAGAGCUCCAAGCAUCAUCAUCACCAUCAUCAUCACCAUCAUUACUCGUACAGUUCAACAAAGCUAUUUGUGUUUGGAGAUUCUUACGUCGAUACCGGAAACAUAAAGAAACAGGAAGCUGUAGUCCCAUGGGCAGUCCCUUAUGGUAACACAUUCCCCGGUACACCCUCCGGCCGUUUCUCUGACGGCCGUGUCUCUACCGAUUAUUUAGCAAAAGUACUGAAGAUAAAAUCACCCAUUCCUUAUCAAUUUAAAGAUCACGCGGGACACGAUCAGUUACAGUAUGGGAUGAACUUUGCGAUCGGAGGAACUGGAGUCUUCGAAACUACGAGCUCAAAUUUCAAUAUGACGUAUCAGAUCAAUCUCUUUGAGCAACUCAUCGGCGAUGUCUACUCUCCAUCCGACCUCUCAUCUUCCCUAGCUCUCGUCAGUGUUGCUGGCAAUGACUACUUAACUUACGUUGCUAAACAUGGCAUAAACAUCGGGAUCAUUCAAUCCAUGACGCAAGUCAUUCAUCAAACCAAGGUUAAUAUGCGGCGGAUCCAUGCCUUGGGAGUGAAAAAGGUAGCAAUACCGUUACUACAGCCGCUCGGGUGCCUCCCCUUCUUCGCCAAAGACCAGAAGUGCAACCCCAAUAUAAACACGUUGGUUUUCGUACACAACAGCGCAUUGCGGGAAGUAGUGGCCAAUCUCAACAAGGAGACCAAGCAGUCUGCUUUCAUGGUCAUUGACUACUACAACGCCUUCUUGACCGCCUUCAACAGCAAAGGAGAGAAUCCAGGGAGUAAAAGGUUUGAAACUCCGUACAAAGCAUGUUGCGGAGGCCUUUGCGGGUCCGUGUACAAGAACGGUCAGAAGAAUUAUACCUUAUGCGAUAAUCCCACGUCUGCUUUCUUCUGGGAUGGACUUCACCCUACUCAGGAAGGAUGGAAAUCGGUUUACUCCGCUUUAAACCUAACAGCAUUUUCGACUUGA